UUGAUGAAAGAAUUAUAGUAAAAGCAAACCUCCAGUAAAUUUUCUUCAGGUGAGAAACUUCACGGAAGCUCAAUUCCCCCGCAGCAAAUUCCAAACUUUCCUUCAACAAAUAUUAUUUUAAUCAUGAAAAUUAGCUCCUUGCAUGAACCACUUUUUCUUAUAAAUACUCCGUUUCACCCCUUUCAGCAAGAAUGUUCUUAACUUUCCCUGUUUUCUCUGUUUUUAGUCUCAACAAUCUAAAACCAUCACCAAUAACUAAAUAUGUUUGGUUAUAUAGAUUUUGAAAAUGAUUAUGCCCUUCUUGAAUCAAUUAAGCUUCAAUUACUUGAAGAUUGGGAAUGUGAAAAUCCUCUAACAAGCUCCGAUGAUUCAACUUCAAUUUAUAGCCGAAACAACAGUAUUGAGUCCAAUACGUUUCCUAAUUACUUGUCCAAUGAAUUUGAUUAUACAACUGACAAAUUUCUUUCCGAUUCCCUAAAUGAUGGCGCUGGAUAUGGAUGGCAGCCUUCGGAUCCUACAAUCUCAAAUGCGAAAUCGGAGCCUGAAAUUUGGAAUUUCGCGGAAUAUGCGGCGCCGCCGGAGACGGCGGUGGACCCACCGGUAGUGACAGCGCCGCCACAGUCGCUGCGGAAGGCGAGGCACUAUAGGGGUGUGAGACAGAGACCGUGGGGAAAAUUUGCAGCGGAAAUUAGGGAUCCGGCGAAAAAUGGGCAAAGAGUGUGGCUGGGUACCUAUGAGACGGCGGAGGACGCAGCGUUUGCUUAUGAUAAGGCGGCGUUUCGCAUGCGGGGGUCACGUGCAAUGCUGAAUUUCCCACUGAGGGUUAAUUCUGGUGAACCGGAACCCAUUCGAGUCGGUUCGAAGAAGUCAUCGACGUCGUCGGAAUGUUCUUCUUCGUCGUCGGAUAAUGCGUCGGGGAAGAGGAGGAAGAAGGUCCUUCAAGUGGUAUAAAAUGGAUCGGGUCGGUUUUAAUGGGUCGUUUGGUAAAUGGUACGAGAAAAACAAAAAUAAUUCAUGAGAUUAUGCCAUGAAAUAGAAAUGAUGGGAUUAAGUCAUUUUGAGAUUAGUUAAUAUAUGCGUCAAAUCUAAUAUAUGAUAAAAUUAAUCUCAAAAUUAUUAUCUCUUUUCCGUACUAAUCAACACCUAAGAGUUCUAAAAGAACUAUAGAUAGGCAUGUAAUCCUUUUUUUUUCUUUUUACGAUAGGCCACCUGUUGAAUGAAUGGAUUUUCAUUGUAAAUUAG